UUUGACUGCAGUUUUGGACCAUUUCAAACAUGUUGUAACGCAGCUAAAACUGACUUGUGUUUACCACAAGUGUUAGAGCUAUUUUCGAAUGAUAGUUAUUUGUGAGCCAAAAAAUAUAACCACGAAAAUAGUCUGAUUGCUGAAGUUAAACACGUCUCAAUGUUUAACUAACAAUAUAAAAACGAUUCACGUGAAUGUAUUUUUGAGUAAUACGAUAAAAACUCACAAUGUUAAUGCGUUAUUUUGCUCAUUUAGACAGCCAGGAUGAUUUAUUUUAUAAGUUACCUACGUUGCCUCCAUCUUAUUUUUAAUCAAAAAUAAUCGACAGUAUGAGCUGCUGUGUUUGUAAGUCAAAAGUUUAAAAAAUGACUUGAUUUUACCUGUUUAGCACAUGGUAUUGUUUUUGUCAAAAAUUCCACUUGAUUUUAUCUUACAAACCUCCACGAAAAAAUUGAUUAAUUGAUAAAAAAUAAACACGUUUAUAGACAAUAGCAAAACGUUGUUCAAUAACUAAACUCAAAACAGCUCAAAUUGACAAUCUAAGUUUUCUACGACUAUAGCUUUCUGUUCCUUUCGAGUUUUUUUGUGCGCAUCGAAAAACGAUUGGUUUGAAACCGCUUUCAUUUGAGAAAUUGAUUAUGUGUUGAUUUCAUUUCACCGUCAUUAUUCGACCAGUGUUCUUCAAUCGACCUGCGGACAAAAUGUCUAGCAAAGACCGAUUCCCCGACAUUCCAAUUCCCGAGGAGAUCCGAGACCCGACUACGAAGGCGUGUUACACGAAGGGACGCUUCCUCGGCAAAGGAGGCUUCGCGAAAUGUUUCGAACUAACAGACAAAUCAAACGGACAGAUUUACGCGGGAAAAAUUGUGCCCAAGUUACUUUUAGUGAAGCCCCAGCAGAAAGACAAAAUGAAAAUGGAGAUCAAUCUCCAUAGCAGAAUGGACCACCCACAUAUAGUGAAGUUUUAUUCACACUUCGAAGACAAUGAUUUCAUUUACAUCGUGCUGGAACUGUGCAAGCGGAGGUCGCUGAUGGAGCUGCACAAGAGACGCAAGUCCAUCACGGAGGAGGAAGCGAGGUACUUUAUUCACCAGAUUUUGCAGUCUGUGAGCUACAUACACGAGCGAGGGGUGGUGCAUCGUGAUCUGAAAUUGGGCAACUUGUUUUUGAACGACCUGGUCCAGGUGAAGAUUGGGGACUUUGGUCUGGCCACGAGGAUUGAGAGUCCACAGGACCGGAGAAAGACAAUCUGCGGAACUCCAAACUACAUCGCCCCUGAAGUAUUGCAGAAGAAAGGGCACAGCUACGAAGUUGACAUUUGGGCCAUAGGAUGUAUCCUGUACACGCUGCUAGUGGGAAAACCUCCUUUUGAAACACAGACUCUGAAUGACACGUACGAGCGAAUCAAAGCCAACGACUACCAUAUCCCGUCUAAGCUCGGCCAUGACGCCGCAUCCUUAAUACGAAGGCUCCUUUCGGCCGACCCGAGCAAACGGCCGAAACUAAGAGACAUUAUGGUGGACCCAUUUAUGAUAAAUGGGUUUCUGCCCAAAAUGUUGCCAUCUUCCUGCCUUAACAUGACACCGAGAUUGAAUCUUCUCCAAAACCCAGCAAGUAACAACUCGGAAGAAACGUCGGAUCAGAUGAAACGGAAAGCACUCCAGAGUGUGAACGGAGGUGACAACAUAAAUAUGAACCAGCUGUCUCGAGGAACGAAGUCUCGUAUCGGCUCUUCAAUCAACGACUUGAACAUCAACCGGCCGAAAACAGUCGCCAGCUCGCUCGGGAAAGCGAACAGUAUGAACAAAUCAAGCGACGAUAUUGUCGACAUGAGCCAAGUUUCGCCAAUGAAACAUCUUCAGGAGCUGAAGUCGAUGAUUCAUUACAUUGACAAAAUGAACGAUCACCAAUUUGUGAGUAAGCUCAACGAGGACCAAGAGUCUCCGGAUCUGAUUCCCAUUUACUGGGUCAGCAAAUGGGUGGACUAUUCGGACAAGUAUGGGCUGAGCUACCAGCUAUGCGAUGGAUCCGUUGGAGUCCUAUUCAAUGACAAUAGCCGAAUGGUGCUGUUCCAGGACGAGGAGAACAUUCAGUUCAUUGACCACAGACACAAGGAAACCUUUCACUCUAUGAGCGAUUUUCCAGGUGAACUGAAAAAGAAGAUCACGUUGUUGAAGUAUUUCAGAAGUUACAUGAGUGAACACUUGUUGAAAACAGGAGGUGACGUUGAGCGACCAGUGGACGAAGUUGUUAAAAGCCGAUUGCCUUUUUUGAGGACCUGGUUCAGAACAAGAAACGCAAUUGUGUUGUUUUUAAGUAAUGGGACCAUCCAAAUCAACUUUUUCCAAUGCCAUUCUAAAAUAAUGUUGUGUCCGGUCAUGCAAGCUAUAUCUUACAUUGAUGAAGAUAAAAACUUCAGGACAUUCAGUGCUUCUGCUUUCCGAUCAGGAGUGAUUACAAAGCACCUGCACAGUCGACUUAAAUAUGCACUUUUGAUGAUCGACAAGUUAGCCCAUAAUUUGCCCGCCAGCUCAGAUAGCGUGACCUCUUCGCAUCCUCACAACCACCAUCAUCAUCAUAAUCAGAAUCACCUCACUGGCCAUCAUAAUCGACCUCCCACAUCCAAAAAGGGACUCCCUGAAAAAUGAGAAAAAAAUAUCGGAGAAAGUAGAUUAUUAAAAACGACUCUGAAUUCAAAAUUUUCCAUUUUACACUCAGGAGUUGAUAAUACAAAAUAUUUGUAAAUUCUAAAAUUUCGUUCUUUA